GCACAUGGUGAGUAACAGUUUAAUCGGGAAAUAGGAUUCAAGUGAACCGAGUAAUCAGAAUGAUCAGCAGUCUAACAUUUGUCUCGCGAGGCAGAAGUUCACGUAUAAUGCUACUUUUUCUGUGUGUGCUGUAUCUCGUCCUGUACCACCAGGCAUCUGGGAUGAACGUUCAGCAUCGUCAAAAUCGAAAAAUCGGCCAAAAGUCUGUUCCAGCAUGGAAGUUAUACGCACGCAGCCUUUGCGAGCCACGUGAAACGCUUGUUAAAGUUGAGGAUGAAUUCCCCGAGGUGAUGGACAGGCGUAUUUUCCCCUCGUGUGUGCCCCUGAAGCGCUGUGGAGGCUGCUGCUCUGAUGAAGCAACGCUGUGUGUGAAUGUGAGCUCGUACACCACAGUGAUGCAGUUUAUGCAGUUGAAUGUGCAAGGGGAGACUAUUGAUCUGCAGUUUGUUGAACACAGCCAGUGUCAAUGCAGGUUCAGAGACCAGCUAUGAUGCUUACUGGAAACAGCUCAUCCAUGCUACAUAAAUUUUGAUCUGCUUAUUUAACCAUUUUUUUUAUUUUAUCGAGUUAUUUAAAUGAAUUUGUAUUACUUACAUUACUGAUAUAUGAAAUAUAUAAUUAUAACAACAUUACUUUUAUAUUUAAUAUUAUGUAAAACAUGUUGCUUUAUUUAAGAAAAACAUUUGCAAUUCACUUAUGUACAAAUAUUUAUUGCUACGUUCGGGUACUUUCCAAAACAUUUUUUUUUCAUUCAGUUUGUUUUUU